CUUCACUGGAUUCUGCCAUUUGCAAUUGGUAUGGUUCUGGUAAUUCUUAGCAUGCUGAUCUACCAUAGAAGAAAGAAGAGAACUUUAGUACUCAAAAAGAAAGGUAGUUCGGGAUUAAAUGGCAGCUCCAAGAUGGAUUACAGUGGUAGUUGUGCUGAAGAAUUGGAGAUACCGGUAUUUGACUUAUCCGUCAUAAUGAAGGCUACCAAUAACUUUUCAAUCGACAAAAAGAUAGGAGAGGGGGGCUUUGGACCUGUUUACAAGGGCAUACUUGAAGGACAGGAAAUAGCUGUCAAGAGUCUGUCGAGAACAUCCACACAAGGAGAAAAUGAGUUUAUGAAUGAAGUUGUAUAUAUUGCCAAACUUCAGCACAGAAAUCUGGUGAAGAUUCUUGGCUGUUGUAUUGACGGAGAAGAAAAAAUGUUGAUUUAUGAGUACUUGCCAAACGGGAGUCUCGAUUCAUUUAUAUUUGAUGAUUCACAAACGAAGAUAUUGGACUGGCCUAAAAGAUUUCACAUUAUCAAUGGUAUAGCUCGGGGACUUGUGUAUCUGCAUCAAGAUUCACAAUUGAGAAUAAUACAUCGGGACCUGAAAGCUAACAACAUUCUGCUAGACAAGGACAUGAAUCCAAAGAUAUCAGACUUCGGCUUGGCAAAAAUAUGUGAAGAGGAUGACGUUGGAGCCAUGACAAACCGAGUUGUUGGGACACAUGGGUAUCUCUCACCGGAAUAUGCAUUGUACGGGAAGUACUCAGUAAAAUCAGAUGUAUUUAGCUUUGGUAUUUUAGUGUUGGAAAUUGUAAGUGGAAAAAGCAACAGAAAAUCCUGUCAUCCAGACUAUAACCUCAAUCUACUUGGCCAUGCAUGGAAUCUCUAUAAAGAAGGCAGGUCAACAGAACUAAUUGAUGAAUGUCUAAGUGAUUCUUGUUCAACAUAUGAAGUGGUACGAUCAAUCGGUGUUGGUCUAUUAUGUGUCCAACAAUGUCCUGAAGAUCGUCCAAGUAUGUCUUCUGCGGUUCUGAUGUUAAACAAUGAAGGUUUAUUGCCGUUGGCUAAACAGCCAGGUUUUUACAUAGAAGGAUAUGCGUCUAGUAGUGGUGCAUUUUCUUCUAGCCAAUAUGCAGAGAGUAUAGUGACUGAGACCCCUAUCACAAUACUAACUGCGCGAUAAAAGAUACUGUUUUACUGUUUAUUACAAGCUUGCAAUUGUAAUAAUCUUUUCUUCAAGUCUUUGAAGCAAUGUAGUGAAAAAAAAUUGUUCAUGAUUCUGCUUUUUUGGUGUAUCAACUAUGGAAGAUAGUCUUCGUGAAUAAGAGAUGGUCCAAAGCACACAUGUGUUGGUGGAAGGUAACAACAGUGUGUGUAGGGUGGAUAAAUUAAUAUUUCUUAUCAAUUUACCAAUUUCAUUAGUAAUUUCUACUCAUAUAUGCAUGAUCUAGAGAGCUUGAGAGAGAUUUAUAUAAUGAAAGCAAAUUGAACUUUAAGGCCUUAAAAUUUAGAUUUUGCUUUCUAAUUUCUCAAAAAAAAAAAAAA